GCAGUGGGGUGCCCAGAUUGCCGGCUGUGGGUCGUGCCUAGUGGUCAGGAUAUGGGGACGCUGCUCCGUCUUCCGACUUCGCUGUCUGCAGCCUUCCCGUCUGACGCGCCGAGCCGGACCUGGGGGUACACUCGGGAAGGCGCGUCGUCCGGGUGUCGGCUGUCGGGCGGCGCAGACCCCGAGGGCCCGGCGGGGCCCGGCGGCAACAUCGACACCCAGCAGGACCCACUCCGGGGGUUCCGGCCUUGGAUCUUGGCCCCCCCGACCCUCCGCCAGUACUCGUCCCUCCAGCCGGUGCCGGCCGACCCCCGUCAGCCGAGGAGGUCGCAGUUGCCCAUCCUGUCGCACCAGUGCUCCGGAGACCGUAAGAGCCGUGUCGGCGGUGGUGGCGGCAACGGCCCGUCGGCCGCGGGUCUCUCCUCGUCCGGCUCGGAGUCUCCGGACGAAGACGUAGACUUGGAAGAGGACGAGGACGACGAGAACCGCUCCGACGCCACCUUCACCGGGUCUGAGCUUGCGCUCGCCAGAGACAGCACGCUGGUGCUCCAGAGCAGACGUGUUCCCGUGAUCCCGCCCCGCAACCUGUCCAUGGGCCGGACAGGGGGCGGUGGCCGGGCCGGGAGCUGCACGGGAGGCGCACAAGGCAUGGCCCAGGACGCUGACCAGGACUACGAACCGACUUGCCUGGCUCGGACGCCGUCAGGCUCGCUCUUCAUCAGCGAUCUGACGAAAGGCCCAGGAUCUCCGCAAGGCAAGACGGAGUUCAGGCCGUCAAACAUCAUUCAGGACGAAACUAAGACCAACCCAGACAGGCUAGGGGCCGGAGGUGGCAUUGCUGCCGGUUCACUAGGAUGCGCUCAGCCGAGGAACUCCGUCCGACGGCCAUUGACAUCCAGUCACUUCCCGCACUCCCGAUGUAAUUUGCGCAAGACGCUGUCUUCGCGGUGCUCUUGGAAGUGUACCGCCAUUGCAUUCCUCCUCCUCUCCGUGGUGCUGCUCAUAGCCCUUGCCUAUUUCAUCGCUGUCGCCUUUCUCAGUUGGCAACACGGUCAGCACCCGUGCCCUGUCAUCGUCGAUGACGUCGAAAUGUCUUCGGGCGGCGAAGAUCUCAAAAGUACGUACGACCGACAGCAUGACCCCGCCUCCUUUAAAUCGCCAGCCCCUGGUCGUCCUAACACACGUUUCAAGAGACAGGCUACAGACCGCACGUCCAGGACCGUCGCGUCGACCGAGUUCGAGGACCUUGGGAGCGGUGAAGAGCCUGCAGACUUUAGGCGGCCUCGGCACACCGUUGAUGCCGAUGCAGACGCAAAUUUCAAAAAUCAGCUCAACUCUAAGCGCGAGUUCAACGAGGAGCCAGAGUUUCAGGCAGACACGGUCAUUAUCGUUCCUGAUGAUCCUCCAGCGACCCGCAUUAGCAGGAUGAACUGCAUUUGUAAGCGGUUCAUGGCCGAGUCACCGUCUGGACCUCCGCGGUCCGGGGAAGGGGAUGGUCUAAAAUCGCCCACCGUUAAAAGGGCUAAAGGCGACACUGCCGGGACAUCAACAAAGCGGCCGCGGUUCGUAAGUGCUGAUAACAACGCGACUAACAACGAAAUUCCCAUCUCGAUGCCGGAGCAGGGCGGCGAGCCUAAAGAUAUGACCGAAGUCGAUGAGCUUAAGGUUCUGGAGAAGAACGAGGUGGAACUUGAGGAAGAGAUCACUGGUUCGGGCAAGGCCACCGCAAUUGGUUCACAAAUAGCUGUCAAGAACGACGUCUCUGGUGGGUCUGAGCUUCCUGAGCAGGACGCAGCCGAGUUUAUGUUAGCUAACUCCGAAACCGACAACCGCUUUACGGGGGACGUCGAUGUUGAGGAUAACCAGAACUCGCUUGAGCAUUUUGCCGGAGCUGAGACGGACAUAGACCCUCUGGGUGCUGACAAGGAGGCUGGUGACUCCGGGCAUUCGAAAGCUGUCACUUCUGCAUCAGGCUCCACAGAGUGGCUAGAGAUACCGGACCCGUCUGUGCUCCCGGCCAAGACGUUGCCGCCAAGCAGCGACUCCUUCAUGGACAUGUCUGUUGGCAAGAGACACAGCAAAGUGAUAGCGUCGUACGGACACUGGAACGUGCAGUUCCACCAAUUGGAGCCGGCCUUAGUCAAGUUCAACUACACACUGCCCACUGGCGCCAGCGUCGGCAUCUACGGUCGUCGGAACAGCGUGCCCACGCACACCCGCUACGACUUCGUGGAGAUCCUCAGUGCCCGGGACAGAAGGCACCGGAAAUCUGCCAAGCAAGAAGAGUACAACAUGGAGUUCAUUCACUUCCUGGACCGUGGCCGGUGGUACAUCUCCGUCUACAACGACGGCGAGCUGCAGCAAGAGGUGUCCUUCGUCAGUCUUGUCGCCGAUGUAUCGAGCCUCCCCUGUCCUUACGACUGCCACGGACACGGAACCUGCAACAUGGGAAAGUGCGACUGCGAUCCUGACUACGCCGGGGAAUCCUGCGCGUAUCGCGUGUGUCCAGUGCUGUGCAGUGGGAGAGGCCAGUACACCAGCGGCGAGUGCGCCUGCCAGCCAGGCUGGAAGGGGAAGGAGUGCCAGCUCAGAGAAGACGAGUGCGAAGUCUCGGACUGCUCCGGCCACGGGGACUGCUUGGACGGAGUUUGCCGGUGCUUUCCCGGUUACAAGGGUCUGCAUUGUGAAGAAGUCGACUGCUUGGACCCUGACUGUUCCGGUCACGGAGUUUGCGUCAGUGGCAUGUGCCUGUGCCGGAAGGGCUGGAAGAGCAACGACUGCAGCGAGCCAGACAGCGACGCCCUCCGUUGCCUGCCAGAUUGCUCCGGACACGGCCAGUUUGACCUGGACCUCCAGCGUUGCGUCUGUGACGACCAGUGGACAGGACCAGAUUGUUCCCAAGAGAAGUGCGACCUUGACUGCGGCUUGCACGGAAGGUGUCAGGGAGGCGAGUGCAUCUGCAUCGAGGGCUGGACCGGUGCCAAGUGCAAUGAGAAGCUAUGUGACAUCCGCUGUGUGGAACACGGGCAGUGCAAGAACGGCACCUGCCUCUGCAUUCAGGGCUGGAAUGGCCGGCACUGCACCCUGGAGGGAUGUGCACGCAGCUGUAGCAGCCACGGGGACUGUGUCAUGUCCGACGGUGAUUGGCAGUGCAGAUGCAACAGUGGCUGGGACGGACCUGACUGCAGCAUUCCUAUGGAGAAGACUUGCGACGACCGCAUCGACAAUGAUCAUGAUGGCCUUACUGAUUGUGCCGACAGCGAGUGCUGCUCUCACAAAGCAUGCACCAACAAUCCGCUGUGCUUCUCGUCGUCUGACCCGCUCGACAUCUUGCUACGAAAACAGCCUCCAGCUGUCACGGCUUCCUUCUUUCAAAGGAUGCAGUUCCUCAUUGAAGAGGACUCAGUGCAGAGUUAUGCUCGCAAGGAUUCUUUCAACAACAGUGUGCUAUGGAAUCGUUUCAAUGCCAGCCGUGCAUCUGUCAUAAGAGGACAAGUGAUAAGUUUUUCAGGGAGCCCGUUAAUGGGCAUAAGGGUUGGAAUCGCCGGUGAUCCUUCGUUUGGCUUCACCGUGACAAGAGAUUCUGGCUGGUUUGACCUCAUGGUCAAUGGUGGUGGCGCAGUGACGCUGCAGUUUCGGCGUGACCCCUUCGGCCUCCAUGAGCGUACAGUCAUGGUCCCAUGGAAUGAGAUUGUGAUUGUUGACCGCGUUGUCAUGAACAUCGACAGCGCCAAAGCCCUGGACCAUCGGCCACUCGCCUGCACUGACCAUGACUAUGACACAAUGAAACCCGUUGUCCUCGCUACCUGGAAGCAUGGCUUCCAAGGAGGGUGCCCAGAACGAAGCGCUGUCCUGGCCGAGUCACAGGUCGUCCAGGAGAGCAUCGCCAUUCCUGGAACCGCCCUGCACCUUGUCUACCACAGCAGCCGUGCAGGUGGCUACCUGUCCACCAUUCAGCUCCAGCUUACCCCAGAAACCAUUCCCCUGACCUUGAGGCUUAUCCACCUCAAGAUUUCGAUUGAGGGCAUCCUUUUUGAGAAGAAGUUUGAGGCUGACCCAGGCAUCAAGUUCACCUACGCCUGGAAUCGAAGGAAUGUCUACCGACAGAAGGUGUAUGGUGUGGCCAUUGCUACAGUGUAUGUUGGCUAUGAGUACAACAACUGCCCUGCUGUUAUCUGGGAAGUGCAAGCAACCCAGGUCAGUGGCCACGACAUGAGCAUUUCGGAGAUCGGCGGCUGGAAUCUGGACAUACACCAUCGGUACAACUUUCAUGAAGGUAUCUUGCAAAAGGGAGAUGGAACCAACAUUUAUUUGAAAAACAAGCCGAAAGUGCUCUUGACUGCCAUGGGAGACGGACAGCAAAGACCACUUCACUGCCUCCAAUGCAAUGGCCUGGCUAAAGACCAGAGACUCCUAGCUCCAGUUGCUUUGGCAUCCUCUCCCGAUGGCUCCAUCUAUGUCGGCGAUUUCAACCUCAUCCGCCAAAUUACCAUUGAUGGGAAAGUCCAAACCAUUGUGGAGCUCAGUGCUGCCCAGGUUGCGUACCGAUACCAUCUGGCAGUAGGCCCCACUGACAGCAGGCUCUACAUAUCUGACCCUGAGCGCUACCAAAUUCUACAAGUUGUAAGCUACAAGGACAUUUCAGAUGUGAAAAACAACAUAAUGGUUGUAGUUGGAAAUGGUGCCAAGUGCCUUCCCGGCGACAAAUUGCUCUGUGGAGAUGGUAGACCAGCAAGAGACGCCAAGCUCGCAUAUCCAAAAGGCAUCGCAAUUUCAAUGCACAACGAGCUGUAUAUUGCCGAUGGAACCAACAUUCGCAUGGUGGACAGGCAUGGCAUUAUUCAUACACUCAUUGGGGACCAUUACCACAAGAACCACUGGAAACCCAUCCCUUGCAUGGGAACAUUUUCACUCACUCAGGUGAAUCUAAGAUGGCCAACGGAGUUGGGAAUCAAUCCGCUAGACAAUUCUCUUCACAUCCUGGAUGAUCACAUGGUGCUGCGGCUAACCCCUGACAAGCGAAUCAAGAUUGUGGCGGGGCGACCUCUGCACUGUCCGUCGGCCUCGGGCCGCGAACGAAGCGACUUCGCCACCGACGUUUUCCUGGAGGCACCACAAAGCCUCGCCUUCGCCCCUGACGGAGACCUUUACAUCGCUGAGUCGGACUCUCAACUCGUGAACCGCGUCCGAGUCCUGGGAAGUGACGGCAGGAUCGCGCGCUUCGCGGGUGCCGAACUCAAGUGCUCGUGCCUCGAGCUCAAUUGCAAGUGCUUCGACGAAGACCAUUACCUGGCUUCUACGUCGAAACUGAGCACAAUCUCAUCCAUCACGGUAAGCCCCGACGGUUUGCUCCACAUCUGCGACCAGGGCAACUUGCGGCUCCGCUCCGUGACGGCCUCGCUGCCCAAGCCCAACGAGCAGCACCUCUACGAGAUCUACUCGCCGGAGACCCAGCAGGUACACCUGUUCAACCGGCACGGCCAGCACACUGCCACCAAGCACAUCCUCACCGGAAAAACCGUGUACACGUUCUCGUACAACGUAAACACCAGUUUCGGGAAGCUGAGCACCGUCACGGACGCUGAGGGCAACAAGAUCUACAUCCUCAGGGACCACAGCAACCACGUGAAGACGAUUGAGAACACGCAGGGCGGCAAAUGCCAGCUCGAAAUGUCGAGAAUGAGGAUGCUGCACAGCUUCGUGACUCCGGACAACUUCAAGACUGUGUUCGACUACCACGGGAGUACCGGACUGGUACGCAGCAAGAUCGACAGUUCGGGGAGGUCUGUUGUCUAUGGGUACGACGAAUACGGCCGCCUUACCGAGGCCAUCACGCCGAGUGGUCAGACGAUCCGGCUCUCGUACAACCUGAGCACCAAGGGAGCCGCCGUGACGGUGACCCGAGACGGCAAGGAUCCAGUGUCGUUGCUCAUUAAGGGUUUCGACGUCACCACCCGCAUCGGCCUGUCCGAAGAACGGAUCACCCAGACUCCGGACGGAAGCAUGCUGCUGAUGGCCGAGGACGCGAGCUCGCGAGACAUGGAGACCGUGGCGAGCCCCGUCAUCACGGACCUGAGCCCCGUGCUGGGAGAGACGUUUCCGGUGCCUGCCAAGCUGCGCACCAUCCUCAGCGACGACGUCAGCCAGCGCUUCGAGUGGCGCUACUACCUGCGCCGAGAGGGCAAGGGCCGACAGAAGCAGAUCAUGCAGGUCGGCAGGAAGAUGAAGGUGAACGGAGACAUCCUUCUCGCCAUUGAAUUUGAUCGGGACCAGUACAGCGAGACUCUGUACGACAAAAACCAGAUCGGGCUCCUGACCGUCCACUAUGACCCCCUGGGACAUCCCUUGAGCUGGCAGCCGACGCAGAACGUCACAGCUGUCACUCUCGAGUACGACCGCUUCGGUCGUCUUAUCCGCUGGGAGAGGGGCCAGCUCAGCGAGAAGUACUCCUUCGACAUCCGCGGUCGCCUCGCCGAUGUCAGAUACGCCGACGGCAGCGGAAUCAUGUACAAGUACGACGAUGGACCCAUCAGCGUGCCGACUGAGAUUAUUCUUCCCAGCGGCAGCCGCUACAUCCUCCAGUACGAUGUCUCUGGAAGUCUCCAAGCAGUGAUCACUCCAAACGGACACAAGCACGAAAUAGCCACUCAAACCUCGAUCGGAUUCUACAAACUCCUGUACCUAGCACCAGGCGUGGGACAUCCUUAUGUGCUCCACUUCAACGAUCGUGGCCAGAUGCUCGCAAAAUUCUUUCCCAAGAACAAAGGAAGAGUUGUCUUCACAUACACAGAAGAAGGACGGCUCGAGAGUAUCAUGUGCGGGCCCGAGAGGACGGACUUCUACUACCACAACAGCACAGCACUCGUCAAGAGCAUCACAAAGAAUGUGCCUAGCCUGGACUUCAGGGUUGACUACCGUCACCACGGGUCGCUUUUGAAAGAAGAGCGCCAUCGUUACAAUAGCCGAAGCGGACUGGACGGCGCCAAGUUCCGCUACCAGUACGAUGCCAGACUGUCAUCCGUCGAGGUUGAGAUCAACGGAAAGACCUCACUGACAACUAAAUACCGCUACAACAGCGAGUCUGGUGUUCUGGACCAAGUUCAGCAGUUCCUGGUGCAUCGGCCCAAACUGAACAGCAUCUUCAUUCAGGACGAAGCCAGGCAGUACUCGAAGACCAUCGGCACAGACACGUACGGCAGGCUCGUCGUGUUGGCCAUAACGUUGUGGAACAAGGAGAUCUUCUCGCUCGGUCUGCAGUACGACAACAGGAGUAGAAUCAAGCACGUCCACACUAAAAUUGGUAAAGAUGGAAGCAGCCAUGCAAGCAACUACACUUACACCGUGGACGGCUUUUUGGAGGAAGUGUCCGGAGCGCAGUCUUGGAGAUUUAUCUAUGACAUCAACGGCAACAUGAAGUCUCUUUGGGAAGGACCUCGGCAGAUUUCGCUUCGUCACGACGACGGAGACAGACUCAUCGGCUACGGCGACAUUGAACUCUAUCUCGUGGAUGUCCGUGGCUUCAUCGUCCAGAGGGGAGAGGAAAAAUUCAAGUUCAACGCUAUGGGACAGCUCGUGCACGCGUUCGAGCUUCACCAGUAUGAGGUGCAGUACGUGUACGAUUCUCAGAAUCGCCUUAUUGCCCGCAAGGACCACAGGGGUAACAUCACGCAGUUCAUCUAUGCGGACCCCCAGCAUCCGAAGGCAAUAACUCAUAUGCACUAUCCUAAGGACUCCCUGACAUUUGUUCUCAUCUACGACACGCUGGGCCACCUCAUCUACAUGCAACAAGGGAAUAACAAGUUCUACGUUGCCUGCGACCACCUGGGAUCACCAGUAGCUGUGUUCAGUUCGGAGGGCGGCAUCGUGAAAGAGGUCCAGCGGAACCCUUUCGGAAAAGUGACUUACGACUCGAACCCGGAGUUCUUUCUUCCAGUUGACUUCCAGGGAGGCUUGAGGGAUCCUGUGACGCAGCUGAUUCAUUUCGGCGGGAGAGUGUACGAUGCCCUCGGCGUGCAGUGGCUCACACCUAACUGGGAGAGUGUGCCUGCACUGCUGCAGAAGCCGUACGACAUUCAUCUGUACAGGUUCCACGGGAACGACCCUAUCAAUCCCGUUCGAACCGAAGACAGACAUCUUAAUGACCUGCCAGACUGGAUGGCAGCCCUGGGUUACGACAUGCGCCGCGUCCUGGUGGUCCCCCAGACCAAGAAGGCUCCAGACGAGGACACCCGAGUUGGUGCUCCGGUGCCAGAAACCGUUCCUGUCAUAUCGGGUCUCAGCUGCAUUGCGGACAUUGUGGCCGCCGAGUUCUACCGUUUCUCGACCGUGCCCAAGACGGCCGUCAAACUGGACAACAGUUUCCAGCGCCACAUCAACUCCCGCAUCUCCAACUUGCCGUCAGUCCUCGGCGACGGCAUCCUGUUAUCAAGAGAAGGACCCAAAGCGGUCGUCCACGUCGUCAGCGAGUCCAGCCCGAUCCUACGUGACGUCAUGGUCGCCAUCUUUAACGACACCUUCAUGGCCGACCUCCGCUUCUCCCUCCACGGUCAGGACUCAUUCUUCUUCGUUCAGCCUCAGCUCUCCAAGGCUGAAGAGGACUGGGUCCAGCUGGGACGACUGGGCACCAUGUUCAACAUCACUAAGCACGUCGUUGACAGCGGAGAAGGCGGAUCAACGUCCGGCGGCGGCAAGAACCAAGUGGACAUACGGAUGCACAGCACAAGCGUGGUGCUGAACAUUCGUUACGGUACCACUUUGCACGAGGAGAGGCACCGGCUGAUGAGACACGCCCGCAGAAGAGCCGUUGACGACGCCUGGACGCAGGAAUUGGAGUUGCUCAAGAAUGGCCACAAAGGAUCGAACGACUGGACCAAGAGCGAGCGGGAAGAGCUGCUGGCCAAUGGCCUGGUGGCUCGGUACUUCGGCACCGACGUCCACGACAUAGAGAAGUACCCGGAGCUGGCCGACGACCCGAGCAACGUGGCCUUCAGGAAGGAGAACUCCAGGAAACGGAGAGGCAAAACAAGGAGGGCGCGGCUGAAGCCUGAUGUCUGAGGGGUGCUUCGAGGGACUUAGUUUUCUAUUGUUUUAAUACUCUUGUCCUGGCCCGCUUGAACCGUUGAAUACUGUGCAGUUUGAAGCGGGAGGAGACAACACUGAUGUGAUGUCGUCGUUGUCUGUGGUCAUAAGGACGCCUCUAUUUUUGUCCGGCAUCAUCCGGGAAAAGUCCAACUGAAGGAAACAGUAUAGUGUUUUUUUUCCCCUUCCAAUACACUUUUUGCGAAGAGUGAUGCGCGGGCGUCGUCACAAGUUUACAUUGCUAGUCUAUUUGCUACAUUAUUUGUCUUUAUUUCGUACGUGUACUGCUUGUCGGUGUUGUCCUCGAUGUAUUAUAACGGGGAACACUCGCUAUUUUUGUUACGUUGUUAUUGCUUAUUUACGCGUCCUCUUCGACUUCGCGAGGAAGUCGCAGGUCAGGCCCGUGGAUUGUGUUCACACAUCGUGCAAUUUUUAUUCAUAUUUUGUUUUUUUGUUAUUCUAUUAAUGGCUAAAUUUGCGUUGAAGCGGACCCUGAAAUCUCAAAUGUACCAUAGCAGCCUCUGAAUGCCCAUCCUCCAUCUCCGCCGCCGUUUUGUUUUUCUGUCUGCACUUGGCAUCCGGGAGGAUGGCACGCAUUAUACGUUCCGCUAUGGGCAUUAACAGUCCUCUUCGACGGUUAAAGUUGGCGAGGGCUGCGUUCACCACACCUUGUAAAUAUAAUAUUACCUCGUGUCUUGUCACAAAAAACAAGACAUUCUCGUUUGUGCGUGUGUGAAUGGUGUCUCCCGCUGGCGCGAAUCGCACGCACUCGGUCCAUUUUCAGGGUAUUUCGUGCCCCCGCAUGCCGUGUUCGCUAGACGACACGGCGGAGGGCUCUAUCUGUACAUUAUCCCAACGUUUCCAUCCCCCGCGUGGUGAUUAAGGUGAAGUAAAUUAAUUUUUAUUUUCGACGUUUGCGGAUGGACUUUCACACGCAUAGAUACACGACGGCUGUGGUGAAACUGUGAAAGGUGCUUCUGAGAACGUCAGGCGGUUCUCGGCUUCGCCCAGCGGCACAGCCUUCAUCUGCUCUGGCAGUACGUGGGUGUGCAGUUCCGUGAACUGAAGUGCCUUACGAUGAUGUUUCCCGAGUUUUUUUCUCCUACCGUUUGGCCACUUCGUUGUCUCUGCUAAUCUCCCCGAUUCGGCUCAUGUCGGAACAGCCCUCGUCUCACGUGUCUUCGCGUACCCUGGGGGGGGAACUGUACAAACACGUGGUUCAGCGUCAAGCAACCUUGUACCUCCUAUCAAUCAUUGCGGUGACGUCAGUGGGACGCUGGGAGACAAGCGCCAACAUGGCGGCACAUCGACUGCUGCGACACUCCAAAAAAAUACUCGAACCUCUAAGGGUGUGUGUGUGUGUCAUCAGAGGCUCUUGGGCUGCCUCUUUGCCCCUCUUUUGCCAUUUAACAAUAUUUUCGGGAUUGUACUGGUUGUGUACCAUACAAAACACAACUUGAGCCUCGUCCAGUUAAUACAAAAGAGGAUACCAUCGGAAAGUACGGAAAUGACGCUCCUGCAGAGACUUCCGUUGCUUAAAAAGCCACGAGGCGUUUGCAGUUGUCUCCAUCAAAAUGUGCCAUAGCCACUGUAAACGCAAGCCCCGUGACGCGAGGAACGUGUUGUAAGAAACCGCGUGCAGUUUCGGCAUGCAGUUUCGGUCUUUGACAGGCGUGCUUCUAGAUGUUCCCUCACCCCCACGGUUUCUGAUGCUUCUUGUUUCGUUUAUUCCGGGGGUCAUGACGACGUAAACUUGGUCCUCGGAAAAUACGUACCACGCUGCUUGGAAACGCCCUUUUUCGCCGUGCGCUACGCUACUUCCCACAAGCAACAUCUCGUGUGUGUGUGUGUGCGUGAGAGUGUGUGCGCGUGUGUCGACUGAGUUCUGCGACUCCCUGUCGGUCGUCCGCCAAGUUUAUCGCUGCUUGGGGUGUAGUGACGUCGUCGUCGACCGGAUGUACAUAAGUUAUGAUCUGAGACCGUGUGUGGCAUCUAUAUUCCGUGUGAUAACACCUUGUGGGAUAUGGCGUGACUGUGAAAAAGUCGCGGCGAGAUUAUUAAGAUUUGUACUUAAUCUAUAAUCGCAAAUAAAAAAAAAUAAAACUGUUUACAUACUUAAGAAA